AGGGAUAUGGAUGGCGUUGGUUUCUCCUUGGCGAUCGGAGCACUUAAAGCUUUAGCUUUUGUGUACGACGUCCUUACAUUCCCCAUUUACAUCAUCCUCCAGAAACCAUGGCGGUUACGCCAACUAUCCAGAUCCAUAAAGGGCAUUAUCGUUGACAUCGAAGUAGAACAAUCUAAAGAGUUUAUCAUUGAUAUGAAGGAAAGUCCAAACGCAAUUAAGAAUAAGUACAGAGAUCCAUCCAGUGUCUUGGGCAAGGCGAAAGCGAUACAGGAAGAUGCGAAAUCCGUUACAUAUCGAUCCGCAGUCCAACCCAAAGAACACCACAUCACGUUGGUCAGAGAGAAGAUCGACACGAUGGCCAAAAUGUUCGAGUAUUGCGCCAAAAAGUACCGCAACAAGAGGUGCUUAGGCACCAGGGAAAUUUUGGCCGAAGAGGAUGAAGUCCAACCCAACGGAAGGGUUUUCAAAAAGUUUGUCAUGGGCGACUACAAGUGGAAAACCUUCGGCGAAGUGAACGAAUUGGCCGCCAGCUUCGGCAGAGGGCUCGUGUCGAUGGGCAACCCGUCGGGCAAGAACGUGGCCAUUUUCGCCGAAACCCGAGCCGAAUGGAUGGUGGCGGCGCACGGUUUCUUCAAAUUCAACAUUCCUUUGGUCACCAUCUACGCGACGCUGGGCGACGACGCGAUCGCGCACGCCAUCAACGAAACCGAAGUGUCCACCAUCAUCACCAGCUACGAGCUGUUGCCCAAGUUCAAGAAGAUCUUGAGCCUGACGCCGCGCGUGCAGACCCUCAUUUACAUGGAGGACCAGCUGAAGGAGCUGGCCAACUUGGACGGCUACAAGGAGGGCGUGCAGAUCGUUAAAUUCACCGAAGUGAUCGCCAAGGGCGACGAUAUUAGAGACAAAGUGACUCCUUCAGUGCCUCCGACGACCGAUGAUAUCGCUAUAAUCAUGUACACGAGCGGCUCGACGGGCGUGCCCAAGGGGGUUAUUCUUCAGCAGAAAAAUCUCAUCGCCACGCUCAAGGGUUUCUGCGAUUCGACGCCGAUCUACGAGACCGACGUCAUGAUUGGGUUCCUGCCUUUGGCGCACGUGUUCGAGUUGCUGGUGGAGAGCGUUUGUUUGUUCGCCGGCGUUCCUAUCGGUUAUUCGGGUCCUCUUACCAUGACUGAUAAUUCCAAUAAGAUUAAGAGAGGGACCAAAGGAGACGCCACCGUCUUGUGUCCCACUGUUCUGACGAGCGUGCCCCUCAUUUUGGAUAGGAUAUCGAAGAGCAUCCAGGAGAAGGUGAGCAAGAGCGGCAGCUUGAAGAAAGUGAUAUUCAAAUUCGCCUACGAGUACAAGACGGCGUGGAAACGUCGCGGCUACAGCACGCCGUUGAUCGACAAACUGAUUUUUUCGCCCAUUACCAAAUUGGUCGGCGGCAAGAUGAGACUGAUGAUCGCCGGAGGGGCUCCUCUAUCUCCGGAUACGCACGAACAAAUCGGCACCUGUCUGUGCUUGAGGAUUAUACAAGGUUACGGAUUAACCGAAUCGACUUCUUGUGCUGCUGUCCAAGAUUUGUACGACAUGUCCUUUGGAAGAGUCGGCGCUCCCUGUACGAUUUGUGAUAUUAAGUUAGUUAGUUGGGAAGAGGGUAAUUACAGAGUGACCGACAAGCCGUAUCCGCGCGGAGAGAUCAUACUGGGCGGCGACAACAUCAGCGCGGGAUAUUACAAAUUGCCGGACAAAACCGACGAAGACUUCUUCGACGCGGACGGCAAGCGGUGGUUCAAAACGGGCGAUAUCGCCGAAGUCCACGGAGACGGCGUAUUUAAGAUUAUCGAUCGUAAGAAGGAUCUCGUGAAGCUGCAGGCCGGCGAGUACGUGUCCUUGGGCAAGGUCGAGGCCGAGCUCAAGACGUGUCCUUUGGUGGAUAACAUUUGCGUGUACGGGGAAUCGAGUAAAGACUUCUGCGUCGCUCUGGUGGUGCCCAACCAACAGAAUUUGAAGGACCUCGCCGCUAAAAUUGGAAUCGUUAAUAAAUCCUUCGAGGAGCUGUGCGUGAAUGCCGCUAUAGAAAAGGCCAUGGUUCAGGAAUUGGCGGAGCACGGAAAGAAAAGUAAAUUGGCCAAAUUUGAAAUUCCUGCUGCAAUAAAAUUGGUAACGGAAGUGUGGUCGCCGGAUAUGGGCUUGGUAACGGCGGCGUUUAAGCUGAAGAGAAAAGAUAUCCAAGAGCGAUAUAAGUACGAGAUAAAUAGGAUGUACGCUUCCUGA